AUGGCCUUUAAGCCCCUUGCCAUCCUUCGACCUGCCCUCAUCCAAGAUGGCCACCCUGGAUGGGGAGGGAUACUUGGAAGUAGUGACAAAUCGAUCGCCACACUCCUCGUUCGCGGUUGCCGAGGUGACGCGUUUACCCGGAAGAGCCGCGUGCUUGAGCCGGCUUCAGCGGCCAGGGCCACGCGGUUCGGUGGCCGAGAGUCCCAGGAGCGCAGGUCCUGUCAGCUGAGAGGCAGGCAGGCAGGCGGACAGGUCCUGGCAGGAGAGACACGAAAGGAGCUCGAAAUGGAGUCGCCAGCGGCGGGAGCCGGUCCUGCAUCGGCUGGACAGCUCGUAGCUGGAGAACCAAAGCCAGCGUCUCGCGGGCCCUUGGGCGCCGCCAGGUGGAAGCUGCUGCGGCAGGUUCUGAAGCAGAAACACUUGGAUGAUCACCUACGACAAAUAUCCGUAAGAAGAUUUGAAUCCUUUAAGUUGUUUUCAGUGACAGAAGUGAAAAAGGGGGAAACAGAAGAUGAAGCUGGUGCCUGGGUUCAGUAUACAAGUGUGUUUUAUCCUGAAUACAGUAUUUCUUUAAGGAAUAACCAAGGGCCUAUAAAUGUUGAAGAUAUUUUUACCAGCUUUGACAACACAGGGAAUAUCUGUAUCUGGCCUUCUGAAGAGGUUCUGGCCUACUACUGCCUCAAGCACAAUCAGAUGUUCAGGGACCUUGCUGUGUGUGAGCUAGGGGGUGGCAUGACAUGCUUGGCUGGGCUCAUGGUUGCUAUUUCUGCAGAUGUCAAAGAAGUUCUGUUAACUGAUGGGAAUGAAAAGGCCAUCAAAAAUGUGAACGACAUCAUCACAAGGAACCAGAAGGAAGGCGUGUUUAAGACUCAAGCAAUAUCAAGCUGCGUUUUGCGAUGGGAUAAUGAGACAGAUGUCUCUCAACUGGAAGGACAUUUUGACAUUGUUAUGUGUGCUGACUGCCUGUUUCUGGACCAGUACAGACCUAGCCUUGUUGAUGCAAUAAAGAGAUUACUCCAGCCCAGUGGAAAAGCGAUGGUAUUUGCCCCACUCCGAGGGACUACUUUAAACCAGUUUUGCAAUCUAGCUGAAAAAGCUGGUUUCUCUCUCCAAAGACAUGAAAAUUAUGAUGAACACAUUUCAAACUUCCACUCCAAGUUAAAAAAUGAAGAGUGGGAUACAUAUGAAGAAGACCUUCAUUAUCCACUUCUACUAGUUUUAACCAAACACGGAUAAAAGACUAAACAACUCAGAAAAGGCAAACAUCAAUGUGUAUAGUCAUAUAUAUUUUUCCAAAAAAUCUGAACAUUUAAUUGAUAAAAGAAAAAAAAAUUGGGGGGUGGGGGCACGUUGAUGUUGGAAAGUCCUAAGAUUUCUGCCUCGUAUCACCUCCAGAAUAUUUUAGGGUUUUGAGUUUCAGAUUUUACCUUCUUUUAGAUACAGUGAUUCUCAAGCUCUCCAAAGCUGUGUUUUCCUUGUCCUCCCAGCCGACUUCAUGCUCUUCCUGAAUCAAACUGUUUUGUUUGCCUGUGAAAACUCACAUAUACUUGUGGUAAACUCUAAUGCUUUUAUGGUUCAUUGGAAACAAAAUUGGUUUUAGUUAGAGUUUUUAUAGAGGUUUUCAUGUUUAGGGGAAGACUUCUAAACAAGGCAUACAUCAUGAUUCUUCUUUUGCCCCAAAUAAUUGUCUUUGGAACCUCCCCUAAAUUAACUGUUUCUCUCUCCUUGUGUCUCUGUCUCAGUCUCUCUCUCU